AUGCGGUCGAUUUUCAACCAGAUCAUUGGAACUUGUGCUCUCAUAGCAGGUGUCGCUGCCGCUCAAAGUCAGCAGCUGAUAGUCAAAAGUGACACAGCGGAAUGGCGUGCUUGGGUUGGUCAAGGCCAUGCCAUUUUCGUAGGAGAUGUGUGGGAGCCUAUGGAAACUAAGGCCAACAUCAGUAUUGUGGAUUGGACCACGUCCCAACCUAACAUUUUCGUGGAACCAGACCUAGGCUCCACGAAGGAAGAGAUCCCCGAUGGUACAUACUUGUAUAUGUAUACUGGAAACCCAGAAAACGGCAGCAACAUAUAUCUCGGCCAUCAGGACUUUCCUCCAUACUCGGGUUACAGCAUCAAAGAUGAUUGGGAAGUUGUCGAUGGUCAGUUGUUGCCACAAGGAGAAACUGAAUCGAGAUGGUAUAUGACGGACAUGUGGUGGUAUGGAACCUUGGGCAUUGUUUGGUGGACUGUUACGCCUGAUGAUCCAGAAUGGAUUCCCAUCAAACUGUCCCUUUCCCCUUAG